AAUAAAAUAAAAUCAUAUACGAUUAACUCAAUCUUUUAAAUCUCUAAUGUUUUAGAUAAUUGUUAACUUUUAAAUUGUGAUGACUCUUAACCUUCCAAACACCCUAUACGCUCCAAUAUCUAACUAUCCACUCAAAUGUGGUUACUAUACUAAGUCGUUCACCUCUAGCAUCUCAUCCCAAUCGAUGUUUCUCGGCUAUCCAUAAUCACUAGAGUGACUUUAACGUAACUCUCCAUGGAUGAAAUGAUAAGGAAAAUCAUGAAUAAUUUGGUAGGAUAUAUUGACAAUAAUAUCUUUUAUAGUUUAUAUGAAGAACAUAUAUUUUAAAAUUUAUAUAUAUUUGAAAAACUCUGUGAGUCACUACAUAGGAAUAAUAAUUUCUCGUAUAAGAUAUAUUUAUUUUAUUUAAGAAAAUGGCACCCCUUAUGUGAAAUUCUGGCUACGCCACUGCCGACGGAGUCUAACAGAGACUGGUGACCGUUUUGUUUUUUUUUUUUUACAAAAGUGGUGACCAGUGACUUACGGUGAAAUGAUUCGUAAAGUUAGUGACCAAUAAGACAGAAAAGUAAUUCGGGUGGCAAACAUGGAAUAUUUAUGUAAUUUGAGUGACCAAACAAGUAUAUUUAGAUCAAUAAUUGUGAAACCGUAUCGAUGGUUGUACUGAAAAAGUUAGUAGUAGGGUAUGUUGCAUUAAAAUUGUAGUUAAUCGUGAUUCAACCGUCUCAUAUCAAUAAAAUUACUUGUCAUUUGAUGUUUGGCACCUGAUAAUUACAAUCCGACCAGACGGUAAGAUACGGUUUCUAAAACAUUGCUUAUCAUUUGAUGUUUGGACCAUGGAUAAAAAUCAAAUCCCGGCCAAGACGCCGGGGACAAAGCUAGUAAUGCCAAUAUAUAGUAAUUGGCUUGAUAAGAGAUACAUAAUACUCUUUCCCCUGCUAACAAGACGACACAGCGCCUUCUUACCUUUCACCUUUCCCGUAUAUAAUAAUGUCAAUACUACUGCUAUUAUUAGAACUCUGUGUCUACUAUAUACUCAAAAUUGUCUCCUCAUGAACCUUGUUUGGCCCGCCAUUGUUGCACUCUUUCAGUUCUCUCUAGCUAUAUAUAUAUAUAUAUAUAUGGCGAGUUCUACGGUAUCCUGGGUGAAAUCCGGGGUACCUCAUACCUUGAGUAUGAAAACACUAUGUAGACCUUGAAUUGACCGAUCUUUCGGACAUGAUACUAUACUCUAACACUUAAAUAUCAAAAUCUAGGUGUUAACUCUCCCAAUCUUAUACUCGAAGAUCAAUUUAAUUAGAAACAAUAAUCGACGGUUAUGAUUCAUCCAAAUAUAGGCACAAAAAGGAAUGCACCAUCUUAGAGUUUAUAGAUUAUGAUUUAGAUAAUUAUGACCUAGGGUUCACUCAUUAAGGGUUAGGGUAUAAUAUCAGACACAAAAAUCCUGGUAAUUCGAGGUCUAGAUAGAGUUUCCAUACUCGAGGUAUGCGGUACCCCGGAUUUCACCCGGGGUAACAUAGAAGCCAAUAUAUAUAUAUAUAGUCAUCAUAUUCAUCACUCCCAUAUCCAAUCCAUGUAUUGAUUCACCAAAAAAGUCUAAUGGAUGUCCCAAUUAUGACCACUCUGUCUCUGAUUCUGCUUGUUACUGUUAUGGAUCCGAUAGCCAUGGUUCUAUCAAUGCCCUCUUCCGGCAACAACCUGGCCGGUCGGUCCAUCGAAGGCCUCCGUCACAUCAAGCACUACCUCGAAAGAUUCGGGUACCUCAGUCACACCAACAGUCGUCACAACAACACCACUAAUGUCGAUGACCACGACCACAACCACGAUGAGGAUGUGUUCGACGACGUUUUAGUGUCAGCAAUCAAGAAAUUCCAGCUCAAUUACGGCCUCCCGGUCACCGGAGAGCCCGACAUUCGCACGACGAAUCAAAUGUCGAAGCCAAGGUGUGGCGUACCGGACAAUGCUGCCCAUAACAACUUCACGGCUAAUGGGUACCACACGGAUUACAAGUUAAUGCCCGGAAGAAUGAGAUGGCACAAAACCAAGCUGAGGUACAAAUUCCUAUCCAGCAGCCGAUUUCCUAAAGUGAACUACAGAGGCGCGGUUUAUCGAGCCCUUAGGACGUGGGGACGCGCGACGGAUUUCAGAUUCAAGAAGCAAGGCUCUGCAUCGGCGGCCGAGCUGAAGAUUGGGUUCUUUUCCGGCGGGCACGGCGACGGAAUACCUUUUGAUGGUCCCGGGAAAGUUUUGGGGCAUACUUUCUCGCCGCCGGUGGGGAUCACACAUUUCGAUGCGGAUGAACCCUGGACGUGCAGUGACCAGCCGGGGCCGGAGAGGCUCGAUCUGGAGUCCGUGGCGCUCCACGAGCUUGGUCAUGCUUUGGGGCUGGAUCAUAGCUCCGAUGAGAGAGCGGUUAUGUACCCUUACUUCAGUUAUGGACUGACUAAGAGGAAGUUGUAUAGGGAUGACAUCGAAGGAAUCCGCACCCUUUACGGACUUCCAUGAACGUGACUUUAUGUACUCCCCAAGCACCCUAUGAAAUCACUUUUAUAUAAUGAGUUGUCAAAUAGUUUUUAUCACAACUAUUUGUGAUUGUAUCAUUUUGAUAUAAUCGAGAUGUUAGUUGUCGAUAUAAUGAUAAUUUCAAUCGUAUAUCAACAAUCUUCAAUCAAUCAAUAUGAUUCAUGUGAUUAGGCAAAUUACUAUAAACGUUUAAUCACGAU